AUGAGUUCUUCGCCUCGGUCUGCAAGACGCAAACCUCGCAAGCCACCCAAGCUUGCUCACGACCUGGACCGUCCAGAAGCCGACCCAGAAGAAGUAUUUGACGUUCAGUUUAUUUCUUCCGACGACGGCGACGGUGACGGCGACGAGGACUAUACGAUCUCAAUGCCCUCACGCACCAAGCCUGCCGCCGCGGCGCCCUCCCGAGCGUCGCGGUCCAAAUCGGGUCCAUCCUCCUCGAGAUCAUCCAAGCAGCCGCCCUCUUCGCAGGACAUUAUCGAGAUCCCGACCGACGAUUCAGUUGUACAUGCCGACGAUUCCUAUGAUGACAUGGACUUGUCCGACUUUGAAGAUGUCGACCCAGCUGCUGCGCCUGCAACAGCCGAUGCAUCAAGAGCCAGCAGCGAAGACCUCGACAUGGAAGACGUCGAACUCGACGCGGAUCAGUCGGCACAGGAUCUGCAGGACAUGUAUGCUGCCGCUUAUCGCGAAGUCCAAGCAAAGUACGGGGAUGGUACCGGUGAGAACGAUGCUCAAGAUGGCAUGGACGACGACGACCAGGACCAGCUUGGCGACGGCGCUUCUGCCGGAUCGAAACCCAUCCCUAUCUUCAAGGACGGAAAGGGCCAGCAUCGCGGCGUCGAGAUUUCUGUCGGUAGUCGCACCGCCAAACAGACCGCCUCUCCCAAACAAAAGUCCAACAACUUUCUGACCCCUCGCGACCGUCAGAACCGAAUCACCGCACACAAGCUCCUUGUUCUGUCCAUGCUGGCACAUGCCCGCGUUCGCAACAAGUGGUGCAACGAUGCUGAGCUGCGCGAUACACUCGCCGACUCGGUGCCAGACUAUCUUAUCACCAAGCUGCGCUCCAUCCACCCCAAAAAGGUCACCGAACAACGAGAAAGAAUUCGCAUGUUUGAGAGCUUUCUCUCCGAACUGGUCCGCUGGUGGUCUUCGCGGUUUCGCCUCGAUCCUACCAUGGUUGCCAACUCUGCCCUUCGCCAGCCAGAUCAGGACAUUGCAACGGGCAUCGUUCCGGGCUCAGGUCGAAGAAUCGAUGGCUGGAUCGUAGAGACGGCCUCGGAGCGAGAGCAGCGUCAUCGACGCGAACGACGACAGCAACAACGAUACAAAGAGGCUAAAGAGCGACAGGCUCAGGCUGCCGAGGCGUUCGAUGGAAAUGGCAAGGGCAAAGGCAAAGCCAGAGAUUCUCAUGUGAACGGUGCGUCGCGAGCUGGCUCCAGCUUGCUCAAGCCACCAACCAAGGCGAUGGAGAUCACCAUCUUCGCGCCAGGUUCUGCUAUCCGGCCCAUCUAUUUGCGUCUGCUCCCGGCGACGGAGCACAUCAUUUCGCCUGCUGGGCUCAAAGAGCGUGCAGACGAACGUUCAGGUUCGAGAGAGACUAGUGCCCAACUGUUUUGCGCUCUUUGUCGGUCCAUUGGCAUCCCUGCUCGCCUCGUCGUGAGCCCGCAGCCUCUCUCGUGGAGCGUGGGCGCAAGCAAGCUCGCCAACACCGCUCAGCCCGGCAGCCAAGCUGAAAAAAAGCCUAACCAGCUUCGAGCUCGGAUGAAAAUUUCGACCUCUCGCCGAUUCGCUUCCAAGCCCGUAGAGGAGCUCACCUCGGACGACGAGGAUGGCGACUACAGCGCCUCGGGUGCAUCCACAAAUGCGCGCGGCAAGGCACCGCGUCAAGCAAUCAGCGUCGAUUCCUUGUCUUCUGCCGACGAGGCGACGGUGAGAAAUGUCAGUACUGGCAGGCAAAGCAAGAGGAGCCUCAAAGAUUCUGGCGACCUUACCAAAAAAGCUGUCCUCGGCGCUGCAGCACAAACAUCGAGCAAGAACGGUACAACUGGCGGACGCGGCGAUCGCAGACAGCCCAUCACCGUAGACGAUACCGCCUCCGACGUCUCGUCAGGACGCUCUGCCAAUGAUGCAAAGAACCGGAAAGCGAGCAGCAACGCAAGUGCCACCGCAUCAGCGAAGGGUAAGGGCAAAGCGAGACAGUUCGACGAGCUGGAAGGUCAGAGCGAAGGUGUAUCCGAAGAUUACCGUCCAGAAAAGUGGAGAAACCUGAAAACGCCGCUCAAAGUGGAGCACAAGGUCAAGUUGCGGUCAUUCCGGCCCAAACAGCUCAAAGAUUCCGAGGUUGCCGGCGACGAUACAACCGCGGAUCCGGUCGACUUGCAAGCGCCGCCGACCAUGUGGGUCGAAGUAUUCUCCAAACCGUACCAGAAAUGGAUCACUGUCGACCCGGUCCGAUCCAUGAUCAGGCCUUCGGGCAACCGUCAUAUGGAGCCACCUGCCUUCGAUCGGCAGAACAAGCUCAUCUACGUGGUCGCCUUUGAAGAGGAUGGUUAUGCACGUGAUGUGACCGCCCGGUAUACCAAGACGCUCAACUCGCGCGUCUCGCGCUUGCGCCCACCGACACGGUCCAAGGGCGAAGAAGAGUGGUGGGCUAGAGUAGUGCGCUCAAUCCAUCGACCGCAGAAGCUGGAUCGCGAUGCGAUGGAAGAUGCAGAACUGCAGGACAACAGCUCGCGCGAACCAAUGCCAUCUUCGAUGAACGGGUUCAAGGAUCACCCUGUCUACUUUCUCGAAAAGUUCCUCAAACGCGACGAAAUCGUCUUUCCGCGUCGACAGAUUGCCACCUUUCAAGGCACACCCGUGUUCUCCAAGUCGGACGUACAGACGCUGCGAUCCUCGCGUCAGUGGUACAACGAGGGCCGGGUGGUCAAGGACGGCGAAGUGGCGCUCAAGUUUGUCAAGUCGCGCGGAUACACGCUGGCGAAUAAGCGCGCAGAGGAGCAAGCUCGGCUGGAAGGUCGCGAAGUGGUCCAGGAGGGUCUCUACGCCGAAUUCCAGACCAAACUGUACGUACCGCCAGCUGUCGGUGCGGACGGCGUCAUCCCCACGAACGGCUUCGGCAACAUCGACCUCUUUGUACCCUCCAUGCUGCCCGCCGGUGCAGUGCAUCUCCCCUUCAACGGUGUGGCCAAAGUAGCCAAAAAAAUCGGGGUUCCCUACGCCGAAGCCAUCACAGGGUUCGAGUUCCGCAAACAGCGCGGAAUGCCCAAGAUCACAGGAAUCGUCGUUGCGCAGCAGAACGCAGAGCUCGUCGAAGAGGCGUUUUGGCAGCAGGAGCAGCAGGACGCGUUGAAGCAGCAGACGAAAAAGAUGGAGAGGGCCAUGAAGAAUUGGAGGAAGCUGAUCAAUGCCGUUCGAAUUGCUCGACGUGUCAAAGAGCAGUAUGGAGACAAGAUCGUGAAGAAGGAUGCAGGCAGCAAGAAGAGUUGGAAGGACAAGGGUGGCGGCGGGGAACACGAGCAUGAGGCGGGGGAGAAGAGCCGGUUCUUUGCGCCGAAACCAGCGUCUGAGGCGCCUCCAGAAGAGGACUCGGCUGCUCCGAGGCAGGCCGAAGACCUGGACAGCGAUCCACCAACUGACAACACUCCCGAGCCAGCCGUCGACCCAAUCCCGACAUCCACCCCAGCCAAACGCAAGAAAAUCAUCUCUCUAGCCCAACUCGCUUCCACUUCCGCGCACCCCGACGACGACGGUGACGGUACUGCCAGCUCACAUGCCAGCCCUUCCUCUCCACCACCUGCCAAAGCCUCGCCGCCCAAAAGGCAACGAAGCGCCACGACCACACGCUCUGCAAACGCGGAUGUCGAAGACGCACCUACCUCCAGUCGAGCCAAGCGACCGCGACGAUCGAUCGGCGCUGCUGCUGCUGCUGCUGAAGCGGACACCCCGGCCCGCAGAAGUACGCGUGCUAGGCAGAGCACGUCGGUGUACGUCGACCCGGACACCGAUGCGGAUGAGGACGACGACGGAGGAGACACGGGGCCCGUGGCUGAGCCAGAAGAAGCCACUCCCUCAACGCGCCGUACUAGCCGCAGGAUUACCGUGAAGCUUACGCCCAGAAAGUCGUGA